AAAAGCUUCCACCCUCUCUGUUGACUGCUAAUGUCCAUCGGAGCUGCGUGUGAUUCCUUACAAUGACUCAGGGUUUCAUGCUCAUCUUUAUUCAAUGAAGAGACACCAACUGCUGCAGCUGCUGCCCCACAAAUAAGGUUCAAGUCAUGUUUCUGAUAUGGAUUUUCAUGCUAUCUGCUGUUCCAAACGCGCUGUCUGCCAGCUCCAUCUUCUGCCCAGAUCCAGGAACCAGUGAGCAGAAUGCAGAUAACGUGACUGAUUGUCUCGGCCUGCGCUUCACCUGGCUCCACUCGGUCUUUGAUAAUUUCCCUUCGCUGCUGAGUUUUGCUCUGAAGCUCCGCUGUGCAACGGGGCUUUGUCCACGCGACCUCGAAGAUUACGGCUGCUCCUGCAGAUAUGUGGCCGUUGGAAACCCUGUGGAUCCUCUGGACAUCUGCUGUGAGUCUCACAGGCUGUGUUACCUGAACGCUGCCCCCUGCAGGCAGGAGCUGCCUCUCCUCCCCAACAACUUCACCUGCUCAGCAGCAAACAGCACCUGUGAUGCUGGUGAUUGGUGUCAGCAGAGGUUGUGUGAAUGUGACGAGGCUGCCAUCGACUGCAUGACUCAGAGCUCGUACAACUCAACACUGAGAGGUUUCGCUGAGUCGUCCUGCUCGGCUACAAAUCACACAGAUGAGCUCAGCAACACCGUGCAGACCGGCGGAGCCUUCACAGCAGCAGAUGUUCUCUCAGCAGGAAAUGACUCUGUGAGCUUCCAGCUCUCCAACUCUUCGUAUCUAACAGCAGAGAUGGACCCACUAAUGACCAGCAGGGUGGAUAACCAGAGUGACACCGCGAGGCUGGACAGCGACCUCACCACCCCACCGCCACGCCCGCCCCCCCUGCUGACGCCUGCAGAGGAGCUUCAGGGAGGUGACAGUGGCGCAGCGGAGGUAAAAAAGGAAGAGACGGCGCACUCGACUUUCAUCUCUAAAGAUUUGAAUGAGAGUGUGACAGAGGAAGCACUCGAGCAGGAAGAGAUAAAUAAGGAUGAGACGACCCACAAUCCUCCAGCAAUCAGCCGCGGUUCACUUCUGUUCAUCCACAGCAGAGAAACACUGAGUGCAGCAAAACCAGAGCCGACCAAACUUCCUGUACUCAGCUUUAGAGAUGAAAACACGGCCACAUCUUCAACACCUUCGACUUCACAUGCUGGCAUCACAACUUCCUUUGAGACUACAACUUUUCUGAGGACUACAACUCCCAGAGAAGUGACACCAACAGGUCUGGAGGAGUCAUCUGAGGAAGGUUCAGUUGUCAUAACUUCAUCACUGACAUCAGCAAAACCACAAAUUAGUCAGUCUGAGAGAAAGUCAUCUGAAGAAGAGGAAGACAAUAAGAAGGAUGGUGAUGGUGAUGAUGAUGGAGAGGAAGGGGAGCAGGAAGCUUCAGAUGAGCAUGUCAUGGAUAUGCCUACAACUGUGUUCACAACUACAACUGCCAAAAUGAUGACGACGCAGACUGUAACCACAGAGGAGUCAAACAAGGUGACGAGAAACUCGACACCGUCUGCAAGGAAAACAUCCGCCUCUCAAACAGGUGGAGGAGGUGUCACCUUUACAUUCACACCACCAACACCUUCAGCUUCAGAGGAGGGCGGAGAGCAGAGUGUCGAGGAGAACUCCAGUUUUCUGAAGCCAACUGAAGCCACUUCCACAGGCCCGGACAUGAUUACCGGGGUGACGAAGAGAUCCUCGACAAGAAGCUCACAAUCAGACAGCAACCCAGCGAGAACGGCUGCCGUCUCACCCACAACUCCUGAUUCAUGGGAGGAAGACUGGAGGCUGCACACACCUGCUGCUGCUCCUCUCAGUCCCCUGAGCCAAGGACAGGCAACUCAACAUUCCACAACAUUGUCAUCAAAUUCACAAGGAAGCCGAGUCACCUCCGUCAAACCAAGGUCAGAGAUCGGGGCCUCCACCCGAACACCAACUGUAACCUCGCACACAACGGCCGAGGCUGAAUCUGAGGAGGAGCUGCAGGAAAGGUCUGAGACGGCAGAGAAAGGUCCGUGUGUGGAUGAAGAGCUGGCAGACAGCUCGCAGGAGAAACACACAGAUGACUGGGACGUGGCUCAGAAGAGGACGGUGCCUUUCUUCGCCUGGUCGCUACUGGAGUCUGUUGGGUUGUCGGACAUACAACUACAGCCAGACAGCAAAGAGUGCAGUCGCUCCUUCACCCUGUACGGCAGCGACGGGCGAGCCAGACGGGAGAUGCCGGCUCUGGGGGAGAUGCUUCACUGUCUGACGGGACGCUGCCCGCAUGAGUACGAGAUGUACGGCUGCUACUGUGGACAGGAGGGUGGGGGGCAACCGCGGGACCAGCUGGACAGGUGCUGCUUCUUCCAUCACUGCUGCCUGAAGCAGAUCAGCUCCAUGGGCUGCAGGUCACACAGAAAGCUCAACGCUCAGAUCUCCUGCGAGAGCGGGAAACCACGAUGUCAGGGCGUCACCGUGUGUGACAAGCUGCAGUGUGUGUGUGACAAAACGACUGCAGAGUGCAUGGCAGCGGCCCACUUUAACCACAGCCUGCCGGCGCAGCAGUGCCGCGGCCCCGGACCACCCUGCCGCCGGGCCAGCAGACCCCCCAAACCACGGCUUUCCCCUCAGUCCAGUGAGGAGAGUGUGGAGCUGCAGGGAGGAAACUCUGACAUAAAUUUCGUCACACAGGACACAUCGACAAACACACCUCCACCACGCCAAGUUCAAAACAGUGAUGAAAGCUCUGACCUGAAGGACGAAGACAAGCCAAAGAAUCCUCCUGCUGGAUCGUCGGGCAGCUCCACAGGACCUCCUCCUUCUCCUCCUCCCUCCAGUGAGGAGAGCAGAGAGCCAUCGAGACACGAUGGGAUUCAAACCCACAACCACAGGCCGAGUGCAGGGCAGAGCCAAGGGCACCAACCCGGAGAGACCGGGGUGAAAGAGGAGGAGGAAAAGGAGGGAGAGGAGGAAGAGGAAGAGGGGGGAGGAGAAGAGGAGGAGGAAGAGGAAGAGGAAGAGGAGGAGGAGGAGGGCAACUAAAAGCGAAUGCAUUGCUUUGUAAAGCUAGCUUUGGGAAGUCAUUUUGGGGAAUAACUGUUUAAAGAUUAUUGUCAGAUUAUUUUGUUUCCAGUAACAGAAGUUCUAAUUUAUAGAAAUGACGUCAAAAAUCAAAUGUUUACUCUGAUUUUUCGGGUUUUCUGUUACAGAUUUGUGAACUGGAACGUCUCUUCAGAAAAUAAAAAAAAUAAUAAAAGCAAGCAUUCGUUCAUUCGUUGUGUCCUCCUUCAAAAUAAAGCUGACAGUAAUAAAGACAUCGCAACUCGUCAAUAUUGAUAGAAACAUUUUAUUUGAGUCUCGAACAUCAAUCUCAACACACAAUUUACUAUUGAACAGAGGCUUUGUAAUGAAGCGCUGAGGCUCUGCUGCCAGCGAGGUUAGAGGAAAUAAUUUAAUGACAUUUCAGAAACAGAUUUGACGUCUGUUGGUUCCACUUGUUAUUUAAAGUUAAUCCCAAUAUGAUUUCAAAGACUUUAAAAGUAAACUGAAGGAUUGUCUGAAAAAAAUCAUGCUGAAAUCAUAUGUGUGUUAAUUGAUUAGUUGAUAUGCAGAAAAUAAAUGCACCAAAAUUUUGCCAACUUUAAAGCAAAAAUAUUAAAUAUUUUUUGGUUCCUGCUUCUCCAGUGUGAGGAUCUGCUUCUCGUCUUGGUUUAAUAUCAUUAAAAUGUUUAUAUCUCUGGGUUUUAAGUCACUCUGGGAAGUUGAGCUGGAGAUUCUUCAUUAUUUGCGGACUUUUUAUUGACUAAACAAUCACAUGAUUGAUCCCCAAAACAGAAGGUAGAUCCUGGCAAUAUCAAAACUAUAAUUAAUACCUCACAAAUUUAUGCCUCUGAACACCAGAUACGUUUCUCUUACAGUUUACAUCCAUGUGUGUGAAAACAUGGAUGCUUCACACACAUCUUCCCCCCGACAGCGCAGAAGAUCUACACAAUCAGAUUAGUGUCACCAAUUCAGUAUCUGACCAAAUGU